GGUUGUCAUGCCGGGCAGCGAAGAUCGUAUCAGCGCUCUGCCGGACGGCGUCCUCCAGCACGUCCUUGGCUUCCUGUCGGUGCAUGACGCGGUCCGAACGAGCGUGCUCGCCGGCCGCUGGCGCCACGCCUGGAAAUCAAUGCGCCGCCUGCGCAUCAGCCCCGAGGACGGGUGGGUCAGGCCCGAACAUCUCAAGGAUUUCUUGGACACGCUGCUGCCAGAGCCCCCCGGUCACCAUGUCUCGAUUCUGCAAGAGGCCAGCUUGCACUUAGACGAGUUGGUCGAGGAAUACGACGCGCACGUCCAAGGUUGGAUCCGGCGAAUUUUGGCGGGCCAAGCUCAGGUGCUCAAUGUCACCUUCGCCGCACUGGAAAACCCUCCUCUGGUCUCCCGGCAUUUGAGAAAACUGGAGCUCACGGACAUGGUUCUCAAAGGAAGCAUUCUUGAUCUCGCAAGCUGCCCAGUACUGGAGGAUCUGACCAUGGCAUCUUGCGUACUGUUCCUUGACAAGAUCUCGUCCAAGUCGGUAAAGCGUCUCAGCAUCAAGAGUUGUGAUUUCGUCUGCGAUUGCCGGCCGAGUAUAGCGACCCCUAGCCUCGUUUGGCUGUUGCUUGACUCUUUCGGCGGUAAAGUUCCUUUGUUUGGAAGCAUGCCUUCGCUGAAAACAGCACUUGUGAGGCCUGCAGCAUACUCCAGCGAUUGCUGCAAGGGAGGUUAUAUGGGGAAGUGUUAUGGAAGUUGUGCGGAAUGUACUGGUGAUGAUGACCAUACCGGCUGCUGGGUGCUUCUUGGAGGUUUGUCGAGCGUUGUAAAUUUAGAGCUCGUAGCUCACACUGGAAUGGUAUACUCCCAUCUUUACUCGCGGUCAAGUGUCAGUCUUUUGUUUUCAAGUUCUAUAGCCAUCUUUAAAGCAUCUCCAACAGUCUAAAUUUGGAUGUCUAUACACCUAUAUAGACAAUAGUCUAUAAAGAUUCUUUGAUAUGCAUGUUCAGUUUUACAGCAGAACCUCUAUAUUCUUUCUUCUUUAUUUUAUUAUUAUUUUGUAACUAUCAAUUCAACUACCAUUUCAAUAACACUGAACAUGUUGUAACUUGCACUGAACAUGUUCAUUUAACAUCUCCCGUGCUCCCGUUCGGCGACCCCGUCCCCCCCUUCCACCACCGAGCGCUGCGGCAGCGACCCUCCCCUCCCCCUGAGCGCAAUGGCGGCGGCGGCUCACCGCUCCCCCCAAGCGUGGCAGCGGUGGCAGUAAAUGGAUCCAGCCCGACUGCAGCGUGUGGAUCUAGCAGCCCGACUGCAGUGGUGGCGGCGGCCCUUCCCUCCAUCCCCAAGCACAGCGGUGGCGGCGGCCCUCCCCUCCUGACGGGGGGAUAACCUCGGGGUAGGUACUCAUUUGCAUUCAAGAUUAAAGAGAAACCACAACUCUCUCCAUACGGUUGAAUCCCCCUGGCCGGCUAGGAAGCCCCUGCCGGCUAGGGGCAAGUUGGCCAACUCCUCUCGGCCGGCUAGGACUCACCUGCCGGCUAGGGGCGAGACGACUAUCUCCUUCUGGCCGUCUGGGAGGCAUCUGCCGGCUAGAGGCGAGACGGCCGUUCCUAGGCCGGCUAGCGGCGUUAGCCGGCCAGGGAGCUAAAGUCACAUUAGAUCGUAGGCCAUGACGAGACUAUACGAUUAAAGGUGAAUACGCGUCAGCACGGGUACAAGGUUGGAGCGCACAGCAGGUACAGUGCCAUGUCGCUGACCUAAUCCGGCUACGAUCCAUCAACCCUGCACAGUACCAGCCCGUCAAUACUCAUGCCAUUACCAAGCUUGGCGUGGCAACAGUGGAGACGACCGUACUGGCAACCCAUGACGAAUCUCGCAAGACGACACUGGACGUACUAUACGUGUCCUGCGUC